AUGAUCGGCGACUGCGCUGCCGCCGGUAAUGUUACGGAACUCUGCAGGACUUUGCGACUGCGUGACGAUUUGUUGCACUGCAUCGUGCUGAUAAAUCGUGUGUACGGGAUUUUGUUCCUGGUUGUCAGUGCAUCGUGGUUUGUAUCGAUCACCUCCAUUUUAUACUUUGAUUUCAUACUGAGCGGAACGUUCAAAGUACAAGCCGAGUCCGGCUACGCUAUGGCUCAUUUGAUCAUGUUCGUGUGGAAAUGUAUCCCUGCCGGCAGUCUUCUGAUGGUGGCAGGAUACGUUUCGGAACAGGCCGACGAAAUGGUACAGCACGCUUACCACUACGGAAUAGCGCAGGACAACAAUCGCCCUUUGCAGAAGAUGAUCGACAAGCUGCUGGUGAAGAGUCAAUUUCAGGACACUCGCUUCACUGCUUACGGCAUGUUUGCGAUAGACAACAGUUUAAACUACACGGUGAUCAGCUCGAUCGUAACGUAUGUGGUGAUUCUGAUGCAAUUCCGACAAUUGGAAAUCGACAACGAGAACCAGUGGAACCGUACCCAAUCCAAUCGCGCGGCAGGAUAG